AUGUAUUCUUUCGAAAUUAGGGAAAUACCAGGAAAAGGUCGUGCGAUGAUCUCGACAAAACCAUUUGCUGUUGGAGAAACUAUCUUUGAAGAGGAGCCCUUUGUGUCGCGCCAAUUUUCUUGGAACGCCGCGUACGGGUAUGCAGCUUGUGAUCACUGUAUGCGUCCACUCGAAACAGUUACGGAAAAUGUGCGCCGCUUAGCGAAUAACAAAGCUUUAGUAGUCCCUCUGAUAGAACACGAUCCAACCAAACCUUGGUUACAGCAGUUUACAAAAUGUGAGCGUUGCAAAGUACGCUACUGUUCCGAGGAUUGUCGUAUAGAGGCAUUAAAUAAGUAUCAUCGUGUUGCUUGUUUGGGCGCCUUUCAUUCCGAUGAUACACAUCCAAUUAAUGUAUUAAAUGAAAUAUGGAAAAAAAUGCAUUACCCACCGGAGACAGGUACUAUUAUGUUAAUUGUGCGUUUGAUGGCCAUGUAUAAGCAAAGUAAUAACAAACAGCAGUUCCUCGAGUCACUCCAAUCUUUUCAAUCAGUAAUAGUAAACGCGGAAAAACAAAUAUAUCACAAGAUGUUAGGAGCAAACUUUGAACAACAAAUGGAACAGCUAUUUUUGGCAUUCUGUAGAUCAUUUGCUGACGAGGAAUUUGCAGCUUUCACUACAGCAGAUGCCUUUAAGGCAUUAAUGGGUAUGAUUGGGACAAACAGUCAAGGCAUCGCAACAAGUACGCUGGCGGAAUGGGUUAAAAAAGUUAGUGAUUUGCCACUACCGGAAGAAGAUAAAGUAAAACUUGACGAAUAUAUUGACGAUAUAUACAACAAAGUUGGAGAAUUCGCUGGAGAGUUCCUUAACACUGAAGGUGCUGGCCUCUAUCUUCUGCAGAGUAAAAUAAAUCACAGUUGCAUGCCUAAUGCUCAAUCUACCUUUCCUUACUCGAAUGACAUUGUGGUACUGAAGGCAGUCGCCCCUAUACAGACGGGUGAAGAGAUUUGCAUUUCUUAUUUAGAUGAAUGUCAAUUGGAGCGCAGCAGGCAUUCUAGACAAAAGAUCCUUAAAGAAAACUACAUAUUCGUAUGUCAAUGCCCUAAAUGUCAAUUGCAAGCUACUGAUCCCGAUGAGACUAGCGAAGAUGAGGAAGAUGACUAUGAAAUGGAUAUGGAUGACGACGCAGAAAUGUCGGAUUAAUAAAUUAUUCUGCAUUUUAAA